UACACUUAAGACUUGCUCUCUUCAAUAAAACAAAAAGUAGCUAUGGCCAAGGAAAACAAUGGCAUUAUUGGUCUUCCUAUCAGAGAAGAUGAAGAAGAAGAACACCGAGCAUAUGCCAUACAAUUACUUAGCUCCAUAUCACUGCCCAUGUGGAUGCAAGCAGCCAUCGAUCUCAAUGUAUUUGAGAUCAUAGCAAAGGGUGGUAAUGGUGUGAAACUCACCCCUUUAGAGAUUACAUCUCAAUUCUCUUGCAACAACCCUACGGCACACAUAUUGCUCGAACGAAUACUCAAGCUUCUCACUAGCUUCAAGGUGUUGACCAACACUACAACUAAUGGCGAGACACGAUAUGGAUUGGCCCCUGUGGCGAAAUAUUUUGUGAAGAACGAGGAAGGGUUUUCCUUUGCACCAUUAAUGACAUUGGUACAAGACAAGGUCUUUGCUAGUAGCUGGUAUCACUUGAAAGAUGCUGUGAUGGAAGGAGGGGUACCUUUUGAUAGGGCAAAUGGGGCAAGCUUAUUUGAUUAUGAAGGUGUGGAUCCGAGGUUCAAUGAAUUGUUUAAUCGAGGGAUGAUGAACCACUCAAAAAUUGUGAUCAAUGAGUUGCUACUAGCUUACCGAGGAUUCCACGAAGACAUGGAAAGCAUGACAUUGGUGGAUGUGGGCGGUGGCCUCGGAGCGACUCUCAACAUAAUUGUUUCUAAGUAUCCCAAUAUCAAGGGCAUUAAUUUUGACUUGUCACACGUCAUUUGUCACGCUCCUCAUUAUCCUGGUGUUAAACACGUCGAAGGAAAUAUGUUUGAAAGUGUUCCCAAGGCCGAUGUAAUUUUCAUGAAGUGGAUACUUCAUGAUUGGAGCGAUGAUGAUUGCUUGAAGUUGCUCAAAAAUUGUUACAAAGCGUUGCCUUCCAAUGGAAAAGUGAUCGUUGUUGAAGUUGUAGUUCCAGACGUGCUUGAUGACAAAACAAGUGUGAAGAGCAUUUAUCAAACUGAUAUGGUCACGCUAACAUUGUAUCACGGAGGGAAGGAGCGAACCCUAAACCAAUUUCACAUCCUAGCAACCCAAGCUGGUUUUGCCGGGAUAAGAUUGGAAUGCACUGCCUUUAUCUACUCCAUUUUGGAAAUUUAUAAAUGAAAUAACGAUGAAAUCAAAUUGGGAAUCGAACUUAUAUGAGAUUCUUAAAUAAGGGCUCUAUCCCAUUU